AUGUCCGCCUGGGGCAUGAACGAGGCCGCUGUCCCCAACCACAAUGGCAACAACAGCUUCGACCCAAAUGCCCAAGCGGCCGCGUCUGGCAUGAUGGAUCCCUCCAACUUCAUGGCAAACCCUGGCGCCGCCCCCUUCAACCCCGCCCAGUUCGCACAGGCUCAGGCCCAGAUGAUGGCCAUGCAGCAGAAUGGCCAGAUGCGCAACGCGUCGCCCUCCUUUGCGAACCCCAUGUAUCAGACCAAUCCCGUCAUCCCCUCCAAGCGACCGAGGCCGCGAGAAGACAGCAUCGCAGGAUCCCCGCGACCCAAUCCCGGCAUGCUGCCCACCUCGCGCGCCGACACGCCACAGCAGUCCCAGUUUCCAAACUACCCACAGGGCCAGCAACCCGGCAUGCCACAGCCCAACUCUGGCCAGCCGUCGCCCUACCCUCACCUGCAGACUAACGGCUCGGCGAACGCGACACCCUCGCCCAUCAUGGGCAGCAACCAGAUGAGACCCGGCAGCGUGCCCCAGAGGGUCUCCACCACGUCGCCUCACCCCUUCUCGCCCGCCGCCCAGCAGUUCGCGCCUCAAGCCUCUCCGAUCCCAUCCGAACACGGCAGCACCCCGCAGCCGAACCCGUACAUGCAACAGGGCAACUUCCCGCCUGGCUUCAAUCCCAACUACGGCAACGCGAGCCCUUCACCCGCCCGGCCCCCGUCGAAUCCGAACGCGAUGCCCGGCCAGAUGAUGCCGCAGCAGAUGGGCCAGAUGCAACCUGGCAUGAUGCAACAACCCGGACAGAUGGGCAUGGGCCAGAUGGGCCAGAUGCAGCACAUGGCGCAGAUGCAGGGCCAGAUGGGUCAAAUGGGCCAGAUGCCGAACCAGAUGUUUGCGCAGGGCAUGCCACAGGGAAGGAACCCUGCGGAACAGCAGCAAAUGAUGGUCGCACACAUGCAGAAGAUGCAGCAGAUGCAGAGGCAGCAGCAGAUGGCCCAGAUGCAAGGCCAAAUGCAGGGUCAGAUACAGGGCCAGAUGCCUGGGCAGAACAUGGCGCAACGGAACAUGAUGGGAAGACAGCAAAUGCCCAAUGGCCAGGUGCCUUCCAACAUGAACGCCGCCGCCAUGAGGCCCCAACAACCCGGCAUGGGCGUGCCGCAGCAGGGGCAGAGGGGCCACUCCAGCCCAGAUGCCUUCAUGAAACAGCUCUCCAUGUUCAUGGCGCAGAAGCAGAUGCAACUUAACACGAAUCCCGUUAUCGGCGACAGGCCCAUCCACCUGAUGCAGCUGUUCCAGGCCGUUAUGAAGGCCGGCGGCUUCAACAGCGUGACCGGGCGCAACCUCUGGCCGCAGAUCUCGAUGGGCCUGAACCUCAACCCCACACAAAUGCCGAUGGCACCACAACAGCUCAGGAUGAUCUACGAACAAAACCUGAGGCCCUUCGAGGAGACGUGGCGGGCCAAGCAGCCGCACCACCAGCAGCAACAACAUCAGCAACAGCACCCGCAACAGCAACAACAACACCCGCAGCAGCAACAACAGCAGCAGCAUCAACAGCAGCAUGGCGCGCCAAAUACGCCCAUGGCGGCCGGCCACAAGCAGAUGUCGCCAGGCCAGGCCCCGCCUGGCAUGAUGCAAGCAGGACAGCACGCCGGCAUACAACCAGGCCAGAUGCAGUCGCCCAUGAGACAGAUGCCUCCUGGUGGCGCGCAAGCAAGUGUGAAUGGUUUCCAGACACCUCAACCGCCCCAGCCGCAACAGCCAAACUCCGCACAAGGUCACGCACGGAAUGCCAUGUCUAAGAGCCAUCAAGCGACUCCUGUUCACGACGAGUUCCCCGCCCCCUCGCCGGCUAGCAAGCACGGCAGCAUGUCCUUGCCAAGCAGCGCACACCCCGACGGCCCUGGCGCGUCCGCGGAGCCGGCGACUAUGCCCUUUCCCGCGCCUCUGACCAAGGAACCCGACGAGUACAUUCCCUGUUCUCGGGUGCCAGAACCAAAAACGUAUGGCGGCGUGGAGUUGGACGUUACUGCCAGGCUGGGCAUGGAAUACCAGUUCUUCAAACCCGACAUCCCUCCGCCAGCUCAUCUGGGCAACAUUGACCUGCACGCAUUGACCAAGAGUCUGCAAUGCGGCAUACUCGCUGAGGUGCGACUUGCUCUGGACACCCUGGCCACCGUCACGAGCCCGCAAGGGCCCUUGGUAGGCGGGCCCAGCCUGGAGAUUGAUCUGACAAGGUGCGAGGAGCUCUUGGAAAGCUUGGUCGAGUGCGCCGAGGACCAGGUCGAGACGCUCGUCGAGAACACAGAGGAGCUGUCCGACGAGAUCGUGAUAAGCUCAUACGAGGAUGUGUCCAGAGCAUGUCGUCUGGAGAACUUGGCAAUUCGCAAGAUCCACCCGAUAGGGAGCGAAGAGUACGAACUCGAUCGCGCCGUCGACCGGCUCCUGUGCACUACCACAAUCCUCCGCAAUCUCUCGUUCUAUCCACCGAACCAUGCCAUCCUAGCUGAUGAGUUGCUCGUCAAGCUUCUUUGCGACAUCAUCCGGUACCUCGGCACGCGUAAUAUGCUCUUGAGGACGCAGGCCGACACCCUAGACUUCUUCAAAGACGUGAUUAUCCUGCUGUCCAACAUCGCUCACGCGUUGGAGAUCCAGGCCCGGGAGCAGGCCGAGAGCCUGCUCCAGUUCAUCCUGGCAUUUGCACCGGGCCCUGCGCCGCACCUCUCAGACGCCGGCAAACUACAUUUCGCCCCGUUCGAGCCGAUAUUGCAUCCGUACCUGCCGCAUGCCAUCGAUGCGCUGGCCAAGCUCUUCGCCCGGGAUGAGCCGAACAGGACCUAUUACAAGAGCAUCUUUGCCGCCGAUGCCUCGAAUACCCCACCUUCUGAGCUCAUAACCCGCACCUUUGCUCUAGCCAUCUCACCGGUGCCAGAUCAACAUCGCGAAGUUCGCGCGACCGGCUUGCCGUCCCUGGUCGAGGCGCGCAAGCCAAUUCUCAUGCAAGGUCUCCUCGCCGGCAACAUCGUGGCGUCGUUGGCACCGGACUACGACACCUGUGUAACGCGAACGUGGCUGUCGUCUGGGAACGGGUUUGCUCAGAACCUGUUCCGGCUGGUCAGGGAGCUCUCGGCCGAGUUCGAGCAGCCCAGGAUUAAGCCGCCUGGCCAGCCGCGAGCCCAACCGAAGAAGGACCCGGACCUGCUGUACAUUGCGGUGUUGGGCACAUCCAUGCUUCGGCAGCUUGCCCACAAGGCCCGUGACCCGAACGACCCGGAGAGCAUACCGCCGAACGUCGUCCCGAGGACUGACAAGAUCCUCAAGGCCCUUGAGAUGCGCAGUCCCGAGUUCUCCAAGGACGGUUGGCUCCAACACGUCGUUGCGCUAGGCUCACUGCAGAUAUAG